AUGACUUCAGAAGGAGCACCUGCAGUGCUGGGAGCAGAUGCGAGCAUGAACCCUGGUGCCUCCAUGACUCCUUUCACCACACUGCCCUUUCCCCAGCUGACUAUUGGCCCUGAACAGCGGCCUCCUGGAGAGCAGCUCCCACUGCCCCUGACGACCCCAUCAUUCCCUCCUGGCUUCCCCCUGGGUUUGCCCAGUGCAUCUCUGGCAGCCAGAGAUGCUGGUCGUGGCCUCAUUGGGACUGGGGCUUGCAACAUCGUGGACCGGGUCAGGUCGGAAGUGGGGCAACCACAGCCACCCCAUCGUCCUGAGACCAUCGUCCUGACGCAGGCACCCCUCAACGAGAGUGCUCCAGGGGCCCUCUGUGGUGGUGCUGUGUGUCCUGCACCUCCAUUCUUGGAAGCCUCGGCAGUGGAGACGAUUUUGUCUACCUUGGCUUUGGGGAGUGCCCCGGCCGGCAAAGGAGGCUGGUGUCCCAGCCUUCCUCCGCAAGUUCCACCAACAACUGCACAGCUGGCCUCCAUCAUCCCCCCAGUGAACGCUUGGCCUCAGCUACCUGGGGCUUCUGGCAAGGGUGGCCUGGCCACCUCCCAGUCCAAGGCCUUGCCAGAUGACUUCGGUAACCCCAAGAGCACGUAUGAGGACUUCCAACGUUGGCGUCGCUUCAAGGUGCUGGCCCGUGGGCACCUUCCCCAGAGUCCUGAUGCAGAAGCUCUUUCCUGCUUUCUCAUCCCAGUGCUCCGGUCCCUGUCCUGCCUGAAGCCCACCAUGACGUUGGAGGAGGGAAUAGGGCAGGCCAUGCAGGAGUGGGAUCGCAAAAGCAACUAUGACCGGAUGACCUAUUACGAGAUGGCAGAAAUGUUCAUGGAGCUGGAGGCAGAGGAGGAGAUGCAGAUUCAGAAGUCCCAGUUGAUGAAGGGGGCACAAGGCCUGUGUCCAGCAGCCCCACCGAGACCUGAUCCUCGGGGACCCCCAGCCCUUGUGGUGGGUCCACAGCCAGGUACGGCAGAAUGUUCCCACUGGAGUCUAUGGCCAAUGGCAACAGGGGCCCAGGACAGGCCAGGGUCCCCAAUGUGCAUUCCCAUGGAGGACGUACCCAGGGUCCAGGGCACCUGCAGACCCCAGGGGACCCAGGAGACCGAGACGUCUGACGAGAUCCCCCCUGAGGCCGUGCAAGAGUACAUGGACAUCAUGGAUGAGCUGGAGGGGCUGGCCCACUCAGCCACAGGGGACAAAGGUGGAGAACGGGAAGAGGACAGAAAGGAGUGGCAGCAGGGACAGGAUGAGACUCACCUGGACCUGGGUCUCCUGAACUACAUUGAAUACCUGUGUUACCAGGACGACUAUGUCACCAAGGUGGAGGCCAUUCCCAACCAACUUCUGAAACAAGUGGUUUCCAUAGAAGCAAUGCUGGACUUCCUGCCCGAAGCUGAAAAGAUGGCACAGCAGUUAGGACUCCCUCCUGUCCAGCUGGAGGAGGAGCGAGUCCUGUCCUCAAAGAUGGAGGAGGGUGUGCAGGCACCCCCGAGUCACGGUGCACCCCAACUGGACUCAGGUCGUUCAGAGUCUGCGGCCAGCCAGGAUGCCCAGAGGUGUGCCCUCGGCCCCCAGCUGGUCAUCAGUGACAGAGGCUUCUCAUCAGAGACUGACUUCAAGGGCCGUCAAAGGCAAGGUCGCGGAGAUGCCCACCUGACCAAGCCCGAAGCCUUUGCUAUCUCAUCCGGACAUCAGGAGUACCCGCCACUGAGGGCUCCACGCCUUUCCCUUGCUCCUCAGGUGUACAAGCGUGCUUACUGUAGGCGGGGGCCUAGGGCUGCCCCCACUCCCAAAGAGACCUCUCUUGUUAGGGAAAGUCUCAGGCCAGUGGGCAAGUCGGGUGAGAAUGAAGAGGACCUCCCCAGCCUGGCCUUCCUCAUGGCCUCUCCUAAGAACCUGCUGCCCUGUACUCUCUCUCUGAGUCCUGUCUCUGCCUCAGGCCUUGCCUGCCCUGGAGGUCGGGGGCGCCAGCCAGAUGCCCAGGCUCAGGCCCAGGCCCAAAGAGAAAGAGUGACCAGUCUGUCACAGGGAGUUGGAGGAAGCGGCACUGCAGCUACUAUGGAGCAGCGGCAUGUCCCUCCUACUGCCAGCCUCAGACAAGAUGGGGGUGCCCAGACCAGAUAUGACCUGGCUAUUCCCCAGACGAGCCAAGGGCUCAUUUGUCACCCAAGGGCUGACCCUGGCUGUUCUACUGACAUGAGAGGGAGGGUGGGAGGCAAGGAGGGAGGGCUGGAACAUUAG